AUGCCAGCCAGCGACAGUCUACAGCCGCCCCUGACGCCCGCGGAGCGCGCGAUCUGCAAGUCCUACGGCGGGUGGACGGCCUUUCUGCAAGCCUUUGGGCUGAAGCCGUGGAACGAUGAGGACGCGGCCGAGGGUAAGGCCAUCCUCGCCGGCCUUGCUGCCCAGGAUGAGGCCGGGAAGAAGCUCAAGUUCCAGCACAUCAUGGAAGCAGCGCAACGUGAAGAGCCCGACAACGAGAUCAGAGCCGAGCCUGAGCUGCGCCGCUGGGCCCUGCCCGCUCCCGUCUCGCCCAGGAUUCUCAAGGCGCUGAUGAGCAGCAACGAAAGGAACACGACCCAGAUGGAGAGCCCGCCGCCGCCGCCAUAUCCUUUGAGAAAACCUCGCGCUACUGCCGCUGCCGAUGACGGGGGAGGCGUCAAGGAGUACGCGGACGCGGAGGUGGGCAGCGCGCAGACGCGACUCGACGAGGAGGACUUGCUCCUUUGCUACGCCGCUACCGCCGUUGCUCUACCCGAGUCCGAGUCCGAGGAUGGCAACGGCGACGAUGAAGAUGAUGAUGAUGAUGAUGAAGACGAGCAAGGAGGCGACGGAGACGGAGCGCGUCUUGUGCCGAAGCCAACGACAAGCGGAGGCGUUACGGCGGCGGCGGCGGCAGCAGCAGCAGCAGGGGUAGAAAGCGAGAGAGAAGGCAUCUUCGACCGACAUCUGAUCAAUGCGGCACUGCAGCGCAUCGAAAUCAGUUCCUCCGACGGUCACCGCGAGGUCAAUACAUGCACCCUUCCGGAGCCGUCGCCUGCUGAGCCCUCUACUGCGGUACCAUCACCAGUCGUUUCGGACACCGGCGCCACGGCUUUGAAGCAGGACGUACGGGAGGAGAAGGCUUCCACUUGCUGGCACAAAUCCGACUACGACUCCGACCCAGAGUCUGAGCAUCAGGUUGAGGGUCUCACCAAUGAUGCGCAUGAUAACAAUAAGGAUAUGAGAUCACGAAAUACCUUGGAAGAAGAGCUCUUGAGAGGUGAAAUCAAAGAGGAGCAAGAUGGUGAGCAAGUUGAUGACGAGGACGAGGAUGAGCGCGUCACCGAGAUCAUCACCACCACCACCACCACCACCACCCAGCCAUCCAGCGCUACCUCUAUCCCGACACCUUUUACUACGGAGGAGAUGGUCGGUCUGGCGGAAAUCUUGUCCUCGUGUCCACCGCCUCGAGGCUCAAAUCGAGGCCCGCGCUACACUUGGGCAAAGGCGCGGUGGGAACACUGGUCGCUUGUCGAUCGCGUAUUCUACCUGGCCGCGUCCCAGUACUAG